AUGGCAACACCACAGGACCAGCGUCCACUACCGGAUGAGAAGAAUGUGAGCGUCGGUGUAGCGAUCGCCACUUCAGAAGAUGAUACCCCCGUCCAAGUAGCUACUUCAGAUGCAGACGACGACCUCAAGCCCAUUCCGUGGACAUACAAAUGGAUUGCGUUGGCAUGUGUCAUUGCCUUUCCAAUCGGUCAGACUUGGACCAACGCAAGUCUGGGCCCUUUGAAAAAUACCCUACGAAAUGAACUCGGAAUCACCAAUGCCCAAUUCGGCGUUAUCUCUAGCGCUGACUCUUUCGUCAACUCGAUCUUUCCUAUCAUCGGCGGCAUGACACUGGACUGGUGGGGGCCGAACCGCAUCACCAUCUGUUGUACCAUGAUAAUCUUUGUUGGCGCCACUGUCGCUGCUGUAGCUAUUCAUCUCGAGGCUUGGAGAGUCCUAGCUGCUGGUCAUGUCUUGAUGGGUUUCGGUACUGCCAUCCUGGACCAAGCGCAACAAAAGUUUGUCUAUCACUGGUUCGGUGCCGGUGGUCUCGCUUUUGCCUUCGGCCUCGAAAAUGCGAUAUCAAGCACUGUGGGCAUGGUGGCCGGAAUGGUUGCCAUCCCGAUUCGUGAUCGAACGGGAUGGUACGGAUGGACUUUUUGGAUUCCGGCAAUCUUCUGCGGUGUUUCCAUGGCCAUCAACAUCGUUUACGUCUUCUUUGAGCGAAUUUUCAUCCCCAAACACCUUCGGCUGACGUCCGCCCGCGCCAAAGCCCUAGCUCAAAAUCACAAACUUAACGUGAAGCGCGUGUUUUCAUGGAGGUCACUGUUUGGUCUCCCCUGGCAAUAUCUCAUGCUCCCCGGUACCCAAGUUCUUCAGAGUGGAGGCGCUAACGGCUUUGGAGUAUCCGCAUCUGAUAUCAUUCGCAUGAAGGGAUACAGUGAAGAGACUGCUGGUUUCAUGUCAACGGGACAGCGGGUGCUUAGAAUUCUUGGUAGCCCUAUUAUUGGAUGGCUGAUCGACCGAUACGGGCACCGUUUCCACUAUGUUGCCUUGGCGCCAUUGUUCUAUAUCAUUUCCAAUUCGUUGAUUGGGUUUACUAACCUUCACCCUUUGGUUGCGCUGGUGUUCCAGUCAAUGGCUGGCCUCAUCAAUGGCAUGCCUCUCAAUGUCUGUAUUCCGCUGUUGGUGGCAGACCAAGAUAAGCUGGGAACAGCUUUCGGAAUUUGGAGAGCAUUCAACAAUUCUGGCGGUACAAUUAUGGACGUUGCCUAUGGUGUGCUUCAAGACGGAACCAAGGACAUGGGAUACAGUAAGGUUCUCAAGGUAUCCACUGCCAUAAAGGCAUGGGGUUUUGCAGUAGGUUGCUGCUACAUUAUCUUGGACCACAAGAAGCUCGGGAAAGAAAUGACGCUCACUCGCAACAAACGAGAAGCAAUUGAAGCAGAGAUUGUGGACCGGGACAGCCACCCGCUUACUAAAAGAGAGGUCAAGAAGCCAUGGACUAUCUACACGCUGUCUAUGUUGGUGGCUAUGAUCGCAACAGCUUGGACGCUGUUCAUCAAGUAUCUUCUCUAA